AUGGCAUCCAAAAUGAAAGAACGAAAGAGAACGCCCAUAUCUCACAAAGUGAUUGAAAAACGAAGACGAGAUCGGAUCAAUCGUUGCCUCAACGAGUUGGGCAAAACGGUCCCGAUGGCGCUCGCCAAACAGAACUCUGGGAAGCUGGAGAAGGCUGAAAUAUUGGAAAUGACAGUUCAGUAUUUGAGGGCGCUCCACUCUGCAGAUUUCCCAAGAGGGAGAGAAAAGGGGGAGUUGCUGACUGAGUUCGCCAACUACUUUCACUACGGCUACCACGAGUGCAUGAAGAACCUGGUCCACUAUCUGACUACAGAGGACCGAGCCGAGACCAAAGACAUAAAAUACGCGCGCAUCCUUGCCUUCCUGCAGUCUAAAUCCCGCGCGGUCACGGAGCCAGUGUUCGCUUCGGCCGCAUCCGGACCCGAACCGUCGGACUAUCUAGGCCAUCAGCUGCACUCAUCUCCGGAGCAUCAGAGCCACAGCCCCGCGGAGACCGCGGCAUACCAGCAGCCGAAUCCGGCGGGACACUUGGCUUGGCACAGCGCGGCACGCGGCCCUGCCAUCUCGUACCAGCCCGCUGUGGCGUUGAGUGCGCACGCACCGCAGCACGGUGGCUACUUGUCGCCGGUGCAGGGACUCGAACAUCAUCACUACUUCAACCUGAUAGGCCACGCGCACCACAACACUUUCACUUUGCACAGUGCGCAACAUGCAAUGUAA